UUUAUUCUACUUGCUACCAUUACGUUCCAUUAUUGACUGUGAUAAGCUAUCGUUAAUCAUCCUGUAUCUAAAUGCCAUUUAACUGUUAAGAAAUUGUUAAAAUCAACAAAUUAUUUAUUAUCCCCAUUAAUUUGACUAUAUAUUUUUAAAUAGUACUAUUUAAAAGUUUCCUAAACAACGAUUCAAAAGUAAUUAAUUAAAGAGAGUAUUUGUCCCAAAUCUUCGGGAAGUUUUUUUUUUAAAUUUAUAUAUAAAUAUUUCUUUGAAAAUGCCCCGUGGAGCGACCCUGACUAAAGGACGACAAUAUAUAAGCAAAAGGGAUCCAGUUUAUAUUAAGCAAGAAUCACCUCAGAUCAUGAAUUUAACCAGUAUUUACAGUCAACCGAAUCAUACCAGCAUUGGUAGCCAAAGCAAUGACUUUUUUCAUCAACAUUUCGAUCAGACUACUAUACAGUUUGAGGGACACACGCCAAAUAACAGUACAGCAUCAACGUUCUUUACGGAUUUUCAGGAUGUUAAGCCAGUUUUAGGCAGACCACAGGCUAAACGGAAAUUAGAGCUAGAUAUGAGUAUUAUAACUACUGAAGAUCUUCGAACUCCAAAACGCGGCCGUAAAACACGUACUUUGCCAGAUUGCAGUCCAAAAGUACGAUCCCCUGGUGAAAAAACAAGAUAUGACACAUCUUUGGGCUUAUUAACGAAGAAGUUUGUUGGCUUGCUUAGAAAUGCACCAGACGGCGUUGUGGAUUUAAAUAAAGCUGCAGAAUCUUUAGAAGUUCAGAAACGAAGAAUAUAUGAUAUAACAAAUGUAUUGGAAGGAAUCAAUCUUAUAUCAAAAAAGUCUAAAAAUCAUAUUCAAUGGAAAGGUUGUAUAUCAUCAAUAGCUGCUAAUCCUGUGCCACUCCAGCUUACUACGAAAUUAAUGGAUUUACAUUCAGAAAUGGCCAUUUAUGAAGCUAAAGAGAAUGAAAUGGAUAAAUUAAUAGAACACUGUACAAAACAGCUGAAAAUCCUUACAGAAGACCCAGAAAAAUCAAAAUAUGCAUAUGUAACCUAUCACGAUAUACGAAAUAUAAGAUCAUUAGAUGAUCAAACAGUUAUGGCUGUCAAAGCACCACCUGAAACACGAUUAGAAUUACCUGAUAUAUCAAAGAUUUGGUUAAAAAGUAACAGUCAAGCUAUUGAGGUGUAUUUGUGUCCCGAUGAUGUAAAAAAGGAUGUCAAACACACACCAGCAACAGAGGGUCAUAAUAGUAGUAGUAGUAUAAGUGAAGAACAAUUAUCAGAAGAUUCUACAUCCUGUGAUAGCUUUAAAACACAAGUUUCGUUGAAAAAUGCACUGCUUGAAGAACAAGAUAUAUCCCCAGAUGCUAGCAUAAAUCUUUUACAGCAAACUGAAGACCAAAAUCUUGACUCGACACUUACUCACCUUGAACCACCUAUCUAUAUGGAAGAUUAUAUGUUUAAUUUGAAUGAUGGAGAAGGAAUAACAGACUUUUUUGGUGGUGUUUUUUAGUCACUGAUUAUUCAUUUUAAUUAUUAUUUUUUGAAUAAUGUUAUUAUGAAAUUAUUAUUCCUUUCAGUCAACAUCGACAUUUAUUUGUCACUUCACUUUGUUGAAUGUUUUGAACUUUACCGUAAAAUAAGUGAUGUUUAAAUGCAAAAAAAAUUUUUUUAUAUGGUGGUGAUUCGGGAAUUGUAUUUUGUUUUAUUGUAAAAUAAUGUAUAUGUAUUAAUUUUAAGAACUGUCUGAAGUGAUAAUCAGAUUUACUGUAAUGAAAUGAUAAAUACAAAAUUGUCCCAUUUUAAUUUGUUAUGUAACAGAUAUUAAGAGAGUGUUGGUUAUGUGAUUUGUGAUAAUGAUUAUUUCUAUGCAGUUCAUACAUUAGUUUCCUCCACUAUUAAGUGUUAUUGUCAAUGAGCUAUUUUUAUAUGAAAUAAUGUGACAUAUAUUUUAAAGCUUACAUUUAUGAAGAUAUUUGCUUUGUGAUAUUUGUGAAAAUGUCAAAUUUGCAAAAAACCAUUCCACCCAUGCUAGUAUAAAAAGCAUAGAUGUAAGACAAUGAUAAAUAAAUAAUAAAAUAUGUACAAUGAAUUCCAGUUAAAAAAAUUUAUAGGUUUUACAUUGAGAAAAAUGUUCAUAAAAGAAUUCAAAUUAAUUUAAUAAUGUUAUAAAACUAAGAAAGUAGUUUAAUUUAUAUGUUUCUCUUGUAAUAAUUUGCUUGAUAUUAAUAUUGUUUCUUCUCUUCUUGUAUUCAGUAGCUGUAUCACUAUAUUCAACUAAAUCCCAUAUAUAUAUGAAAUUUCUAAAAAUAGGUAUGCUAAGAUCAAAUUAAUAUUAUUCAAAUUUCAAUCCAACAGUUAUGUAAAUAAAAUUUGUCAUUUGCAAAGAUAUUUGGGCAUAUUCCCCCAACCCCUGAAAAUACAUUCUCCAGUUUAAAAAAAAAAUGUAAAAAAGCUAUAAAUAAUCAUGCCUUUAUUUUUAUGUUGAAUGAAAAAUGUGCAUUGUUGUUAUUUAAGUGUCUUUGACCAAGUUAUCUGCUACUCCAUUUUUAGCAAGAAAAGAAAGAUGUUUAUAAUUUUUAUAAUGUAUGUUUGUGAUUUUAGAAAUGAAUGUAUAAUAAUUUGAUGAUGAUGAAACUGUGCAUCUGAUGCAGAAAAAGCAAAUAUAUUUUAGGCAUAGAAAAGAAUUUCACAGCUCAAUAAAGAUAGAAAUGUGCCUUUAAAAAUAAAAACGUUUAAUAA